AUGCUCCUUGAAUGCGAUAUACACAAAACUAUAUUUAUAGAUAACCUGGCCAGGCGUCAGCUAUCGCCCGCCUUGAAAGUUGUGAAACGCAUAUUCUAUGCAGAAUUUGACGAUGAUGUCGCCCUCAAAGGCCGUAAGAAUAAGGUUCCCCUAUGCAAUUCAAAGCUGUACGAACUGAUUACAAGUGAGUUACUACAUAUCUUUCUAUAGUUACUCCACACAGAACUGUACAUAGGAUUGAACAGACGGGAGCAUGCGGACCACAACGAUUCGGAUGCCUUUUUCACUAAACGGCUAGAGCGCUCCCUGGACGAGGCAGGUAAACGGCUACGAAGAAGUCAAGCAAUUUCAAAGGCGAAUGGUAAGCCCAGUACAUACAUAUCCCACAUACAUGUAACUUUCAGAAUAGGUAGCCGGACCGUCUAUUGCAAACCAAUACGUGACUGUACCUUGUGAACGCCGAUUGUUCCUUUCCCGUAUGCUAUUUUUGUAUGUUACUUUCCUAAUUUCCCAAAUGUAAUUGAUAAACAACUCGCAGAAAACCGCUCGCUUGUCUUAACGGUUUGUAUGGGUUCGGUUUUGGGUUCAAUGGCUUCGGUACUGGCUAAUAUACGAUCAAGCAAGUUACACGUCGACAGGAAACGGUAGUAGAAGUAAAGUAGGGGGCAUUAUAUUCAAAGGAAGGGGUGCACUUUAGAUAUUUAUCUGCCUCGCAUAGUAAAAUGACCUUUUUUCGCCUACGUCGCUCAAUCUCGACAUGUCGAUAUCAGGGGUAUAUUAACAAAGUGGCCAAAGUCGAUAUCCAGGCGAUAUACCUAUCUCGGCAUGUUGAUAUCAACGAGAUAUUGCGUCGAUAUCGACAUGCUAUUAGGGUUGAACUGGCUCCACACUAGCAAGUCAAACUUGCACGCAUCCUCUAUCAGUGUUGACGCAAGACGACGGUGGCGUGGGUCACCCGUAAUAUGUACCGGUCGCAUGAUACUUUAAAUUUCAGCUUCGGGACAGCGACGGACAGCAUCAAAUACUGUCUAGACAGUAUUAGGCGAUGGUUGAAAUUAUAUUGAAGUUAAUAUAAUUUAAAAGCGCUUGCAAAAUGUGACUCCGCAAUUUAAUACACUAUUUCAGUCUAGACUGUGUCGGACGAAUCCUUGACCAGACUGUGAAACGAAGCAGACUAUUUUGUCUUUUCCGUCUCAAUUCCAACCCAUUCAAAUCCAGCUGGCAAUUUCCACUACCCGCUUGCCUAGUCCCAUCUGUGUUUUUAAACCAGAUUCCGUCUUAACUCAUCUUCUAUUCCGUUACUCAUUCCAGAAUGCUGCUUGUUAACCCCUUCACAAGCGGCCUUUCUCGCUACCCUCUUAAAUAGAUUUGUCAAAAAUCGAUUUGCAACAAGCCGAGGUCAGAUAUGAUAGUUGGUCAUCCUCUAACCUCUGA